GGACUGGGAGCAGCGUGGGGUUGGGCUGGGAUGGAGGCAGCAGGGUCCAGGUGCUGCUCUUUGUGCUGAGGGUUCCCCCUGUCAGUGAGAACAUCAGGGAGUGCCCGGGGAGCUGCAGGCAGUGAGAGCCCCCCCCAAUUAUCACCUGUAGCGAUAGAAGCAUUGUGAGGUCAAUGAGCACCGGGACACGUGGAUCCACUGCACUGACACUGAGGGGACAGAACCAGGGAGUGGGGAUGUUCAGGAGACACAAAGAUGCCAAGUAGGAAACACGAAGCCCCAGAUGGGAACUGCCAGCAAACCCAACAGGACAUCCAGCAGCCCAUUGGGUCUCCAUCACGGCACGAAGACAACAACAGCCCCAUCCCACCCAAAGGCUGCUCCACCAUCAGCCAGCUGUUACUGAGCAUCACCAAGGAGAUGGACCAGAACCUGGAGCUCAUUAACUCCAUGACCGCUAAGCUCUCAGCUCUGAGCGCCCACGUGGACCGCAUGGAGGGGCUGAUCUCACACUUGGCCCACUUGUCUGCUCGGAGGCAGCAGGAUGAAAUCCAGGAGUGUAUCGAGCAUCUGCUGCAGGAGAAGCAGCGCCUGCCUGCUCUUGUGGGGCUGCAGGGAAGAUGGGAACCGACCAGCAGCUUUAAGGCCCACGGCUUCACCCAGGAACAAAAGGAAUUGGGGGGUCUUGGAGAACCGAGUUCAUUGCAUUCUGCACCUCAGCAGCAGCAAGGAACCAGAGAUGGGGCUGUGAACACUGCAGAGUUCAAGGAAGCCUUCAGCCUGUUUGACCGGACGCCCACGGGAGCCAUGCAGAUCACUUACGCGCAGUGCGGGGACGUCCUGAGGGCUCUGGGUCACAACCCCACCAACGCUGAGGUCCUGAAGGUGCUGGGAAAGCCUAAACCAGAAGAGAUGAACACGAAGAUGUUGGACUUCGAGACCUUCCUCCCCAUCCUGCAGCACUUCACCCGUAACAGGGAGCAGGGCAGCUUCGAGGACUUCGUGGAAGGGCUGAGAGUCUUCGACAAGGAGGGGAACGGUCUGGUGAUGGGAGCGGAGCUGCGCCAUGUGCUGGUCACGCUGGGGGAGAAGAUGACAGAAAGCGAGGUGGAGCAGCUCAUGGCAGGACAAGAAGACGCCAAUGGCUGCAUCAAUUACGAAGCUUUUGUCAAGCACAUCAUGUCUGGCUGAGCCAAGGAACUUCAGGUUCCUGGAGGUGAUGGAAUCCAUUUGAGCCCCACAAACCAUGAGAUUCCUACAUCCACGUCCCCCCCUUCCCCUGAAGGCAGAGGUGUUCCAUAAGCACAGUCAGCCUCCAUGAAUGCACCCCAGUGGGUAAACACGGGACAAGUCUGCACCUCAGUUCCAAGCCUUAAAUUAUUCUUUUCAGGUUUUUCCUGUGCAGUUUGUAUCAUUAAACCUCAUUCCAUCCUCCCUUA